CAGUGUUGAAACAGAGUCAGCGUUUUCAGAUUCAGUCGAUUGAUGCUGUCUCCUGUCCUCUGAUUCCCUGUUUGCAUGUUUCUGUCUCUAUUUUUUUUACAUUCAUUUAUUUUUGUUUUGUGUAGCUUGCAGACAAUUUCCAGACGUUUUUACUGAUUUGGAGGAAGAGUUAUCACAGAGGUGAGGUGACAGAUGCUCACACAGUACCUGCUUUCUUUGAUCUACAUGACGGAUGAUGUUCAAUUCAAAUUCACCAGACUGAAGCAGACACAGAUCAAGCCACUGACUACGGAUAUUUAGGGAAAUGAACACCUCACUUCAUCAUGGACUGCAGCAAUACCGGAAUCACAGCCAGGGAGCAAUACCAGUGGGAAAGCCUGCUCAGGGCGAGAGAGGAUCAGCCUCUGGAUGCUAUGAGCAGCUGCUCAUCUCCACAGAGGUCUUCCUCACGCUCGGGCUUGUCAGUCUCCUGGAGAACAUUCUGGUGAUUGCGGCUAUUGUCAAGAACAAGAACCUUCAUUCUCCCAUGUAUUUCUUUAUCUGCAGUUUAGCCGUAGCAGACUUGUUGGUCAGUGUCUCCAACGCCUCAGAAACAGUAGUGAUGGCACUCAUCACAGGGGGCAACCUGACCAAUCGCGAGAGCAUCAUCAAGAACAUGGACAACAUUUUUGACUCUAUGAUUUGUAGCUCACUGUUGGCCUCCAUUUGGAGUUUGCUAGCCAUCGCGGUGGACCGCUACAUCACAAUCUUCUACGCCUUGCGCUACCACAACAUCAUGACUCAACGGCGGGCGGGCACCAUCAUCACCUGCAUCUGGACCUUCUGCAUGGUCUCUGGCGUGCUCUUUAUCGUGUACUCGGAGAGCACCACUGUUCUCAUCUGCCUUAUCAGUAUGUUCUUCACCAUGCUGGCACUUAUGGCCUCGCUCUACGUCCACAUGUUUCUUCUAGCCCGACUGCACAUGAAGCGCAUUGCUGCUCUCCCUGGCAAUGGCCCUAUCUGGCAGGCGGCAAAUAUGAAAGGGGCCAUCACCAUCACUAUCCUGCUAGGUGUAUUCGUUGUGUGCUGGGCUCCCUUUUUCUUGCACCUCAUCCUCAUGAUUUCCUGUCCACGGAACCCUUAUUGCAUCUGCUUCAUGUCCCACUUCAACAUGUACCUGAUCCUCAUCAUGUGCAACUCGGUCAUAGACCCUCUCAUCUAUGCCUUCAGGAGCCAAGAGAUGAGAAAGACCUUCAAGGAGAUCUGCUGCUGCUGGUAUGGACUGACCUCUCUGUGUGUAUAAUAUUUGUUUCUGUUAGACAUCAAGAUACUUAUUGAGAUGUUGGCUUGCAAUACAAAACUAAGCAACCAUCAUGGGUGGAUGCUGGGAAUGUAGAAGAUUUAAUUACACUGCAUAGCUUGUGUGAUUAUUUAACCCGAUCUCAUAAAAAGUGUGCAUAAAUAGUAUGCCAAAUAAAAACGAAAACUCAUGGUAUUGAUACACAAAAAUGGAUUUUGGCAUGUAUACGCUACGCAGUGGGUAGGUUUAGAGUUGUGGGGUAGAUGUUUAACAUAUGUAAGUUAAACCUGUGUAUCAUAUGCACGCCAACAAAUUUAAUAUCACAUGCACACAAAAACGGUAUAUUAUAUUCAUGCCAAACACAUAUGUAUCAUAUGCAUGCCAAAGUCCAUUUUUGCAUAUCAAUGCAAAACGUUUUUGUUUUUAAUUUUGCCGUACUAUUUAUAUGCAUUUUCAUGAGACUGGGCUUGAUUAUUAUGCACACACUUACAGUAUUUG